AUGGACCUCGAGACAGCGCCCGCGAUCGACAAGGCCUCGCCCGAGGGCGACAGCCUCGUGCGCAAGGUGCUCACGCAGUCCAUGCACCUCACGCACGACGAGAACAACGCGUCCAUCUCCGACGCGAGCACGUACUCGCCGCAGGCGCCGUGGACGCCCAAGUCGCUCGGUCGGGCCAAGAGCGCAAUCAUCUACCGCCGCAAUAUCUUCUUCUUCCGCGAAUGGCACAUGCGGUUCGUCUCGCUCCAGGACGACCACAUCCUCAUCUACUCGUGCCGGGAAAAAUGGGAGCAAGGCGACCCGCCCGACAAGGUCGUGCGGCUGAACCCGACCAUGUUCCUCAGCCACAUGCGCGUCGACGUCGAGGAGGGCCACUCGUCCUACGCUGGCGAGACGACGCGCCUCUUCCGGCGCAAGCUCCUCGAGACCGACGAGCUCGAUGAGUGGAUCAACGACGAGUUGCGCCAAGGGCUCGUCGUCGAUGCGACGGGCAGCAACGUCAACGCGACGUUCAGCAACAACCCCGAGGCCAGCGCGCGCACGGUGCUCGAGUUUGCGACGACCAACCAGAGCACGUUCGAGCUCUGGUCCAAGGUCAUUCGCCGCGCGCUACAGAGCCAGAAAGAGUCGACGUCGCCCACGCCGAGCAACAACAAUGGUCGUCGCCGCACGUCGUCGUCGUUCUCGGACGACGCAGGGAAUGACGCGCCGCGGCGAGGCGCCUCCGAUUGGAUCUCGCCGGGCCACGACUGCCGCGUCACGCUGCAUCAAAGCGAAGUCUGGUGCAACCGCGUCACGGGCUCCACCGAGACGGACAAGGCCGAGUCCGAGUUCCGACGCAUUCUCUUUGCGGCCAACAGCCGGCGCGAGAUCGAGUCCGGGACCGCGCCCCUCGGCACCGAGGCCGCCUUGUCGCCGGACGUGCUGCACUUCUUCGCCGACCACCUCAAGCGCAAGUACGCGGUGUUUCUGAUCCUGGCGCUCGCGCAUGGCAUUGCGGAAGAGUACAUCCGAGAGGCGCAUGAGCGCAUGUGUGCCGAGAACGAAGCGACGUUUGCAGGCGUCGGCGCGGGCACCGGCGACGAACUCCAGGAGGUGCGCGAUGGCCAAUAUGGGUUUGCCGACGACGCGUCGAUCGACUUGUACGACAAGUACCGCACCGCGGCGCUCAACUACUACCGCAUGAAUUACGGCGACCCGUCCGCGGCCGAGGAGGAGGACGCGAUCAUGCACCUGCCCGUGAUGCUCCACGUCGCCCUCAUUCGGCAGGAGCGCGACGAAGCGUCGGCGCUGCUCGAGAUCCUCCAGACCGUCAAGCGCCGCCUUUUAGAGCACACGGCGUCCGAGGCCGCGUCCAACAACGAAUCGACGACGUGA